AUGGCAUACUGCAGCCAGGGCCAGAAGGUGCAGAAGGUGAUGGUGCAGCCCAGCAGCCUUAUCAUCAGAUACUUGCAAAAUAGAUCUCGAAUUCAGGUGUGGCUGUAUGAACAAGUGAAUAUGUGGAUAGAGGGUUGUAUUAUUGGCUUUGAUGAAUACAUGAACCUUGUAUUAGAUGAUACAGAAGAAAUUCAUUCUAAAACAAAGUUAGGAAAACAACUGGGCCAGAUCAUGCUAAAAGGAGAUAAUAUCGCUCUGCUCCAAAGUGUUUCCAACUAG